CCAUAUAUAGACCAGGCAAAAAAUUCCAUCAAGGUCGAUGUCAAUCUGGACGUUCAUACGAAAGGCGUGAUGUGAUAUUCGGAGCGGAGCAAACAAGACAAACUCGGCCUUAAGAUACGAUAUCCGCCGUAAACAGUCUGCACGUUGCUCACAGUAGCUAUUCCACCCAUUACUCAAUUAUUAAAAUGCAGAAUCAGGUAAUUAUGGACGAUGAUGACGAUGAUCUCUAUGACCCUGCCGAUGCAGUGCAGGUAGCUACAUCCCAGAAUACAGCGCAUCACGCCCAAGCGAAUGUCAAUCAAGAGCCAGAUGACGUCGAGGAGGAAGAGAUAGAGGUUGAAGAAGAUGAUGACGAUUUUAAUAUUAUCACGGAAGCCCCUCCUGAUGCGCCUCCCCCAGAAGUUCCACAUCCACGCCACGCCAGCCUACGAGCUGAGUCGCAGCGACCUCCAUCUGUAGAUUCUUCCGUAACGAAGUCAGUUACGCCCUCCGUGACACCGAAAGUGGAACAUGCAACUCCGGUCCCAGUCGGCGCUCGACCCGCCGUACCGCAGAAACCAGGUUCUGCAUAUCCUCCUAUCCACGCUUCAGAUAUCGACGUUCAUGCAAACCCAACUCACCCAGCUACCGGUAAACCAAUUCUGUCGACGGAUAUGGAUGCGGACUUCCCAGAAGAUGAUAAGCCCUGGAGGCGGCCGGGUUCUGACAUCUCGGACUACUUCAACUACGGAUUCGAUGAAUUUACAUGGGCAAGCUAUGUUUUGAAACAGCAAGAGUUAAGAAAGGAAGUUGGCGACCAGAAGAGACAACUGGAUGACAUGCAGAGUUUCUUGACCAUGGGGCUUCCGCCGAUGCCCGGCGGUCCUCAACCUGGACCUGGAGGUCCCGGUGGCGCACCGCCGCCGAUGCCUGGCAUGCCAGGAAUGCCAGACAUGUCUCCAGAUAUGAUGCAGGGAAUGCUAGCUAGUAUGAUGGCGCAGGGCUUGGACCCAUCAUCUAUGGAUCCAAUGUCUUUCAUGCAGCACGCCCAGGCAAUGAUGGGAGGCCAAUCCGGCGCAGGCGGCGGACAACAAGGCCAGCCUGGCUAUGGUAACCAAGGUGGUGGCCAACCUCAGAUGGGCUAUGGAGGGGGCUUUGGUGGUGGACGGGGACGGGGCCGGAGAUGGUAAAAAGCUACUGAGUUCAUGUUUUGGUCACGCUGUAAUUUCUAUAAUGCGCUGUGUAGCAUCCUGGGACGGUUCGGUCUGGUGGAGUUCAAUGUGUAACAAUCAAAGAUACGCCAAUAGUUAAACCACGACUUUUUUCGAGCUUAUGCCUUCGCGUUUAUCUAGAUCAUCAUGUUCGGGAGAAAGGAGCUCACGUCUUUGACGACAUCCAGGGGAAAGCAAUAGAUUAGUUAGAAGUCGAGACGGAAAGAUUCUCUUAACCAAAUCUCUGCGAUUUCUAUAAUCGAAAGCGACCGCAUUUAACUGCAAUUGAGUCAUAUUUGUCGGACGGGAAUUGAAAGGUGGUAAAUAGAAAGUUGAAGCUAUACCCUCGGCAGCGGCAAUCCGAUGGGGAAGUGAAGCUGUCGGUCUUGGCAUUCUGGAAAUUUCUCGUGUCGACUUGAGUCGAGAUCUUCUUUCUUCCCUUCCCCG